AUGCCUCCUUUCCGUUUUUACAUCCCAUUCUUCUCCUCCAACUCUCCUUCUCGUCUCUCUUCAGGGACUAGUUCUUCGCCAUCACCACCACCUACUCCUUCUCCUUCUACACGACCUCCUUUUCGUCCUGCAGGCAUUGCUCAGCCCUCAAAGCCAGAAACAAAGCCUAAGGCGACUCCCUCACUUUCUAGGGUUAGAAGCAACGGUGCGGCCAUUGCUGCUGCUUUGUCUGCGUCACCUUCUCGUGGUACAGCCACUCCAACCCGGCUGGCAAAACCGACUACCCAACAACUUGGUUCGCCGUCAAAGAAACUGGAAUCUCCGAGGAAGGAGGAGAAAAAGGUAACGAUGAAAGAGAAGCCAUCGAGAGACACUGAAAAUGUAGUUAGCGAGAAAAUAAAUCCGGUGACAGAGAAACCUCCUAUUGCUCGUCCAGAAGAGAAUUUAGAGCGAAAAGAAACAGAUGCAGUUCAGGAACAGAGGAAGAAGACAGAAGCAGAGAAACAAGCGGUGCAAGAAAAGAAGAAAGCUCUUCCUGAAGGUAGUGGAGAGAAGAAGUCAGCAGCAGAUCAGGGACAACAGAAGAGAAAAGAAAUCGAGAAACUUGCGGUACAAGAAAGGAAGGAAGUUCUUCAUGACGGCGGUAGAGAGAAGUCAGAAGCUGACCAGGGACAACAAAAGAGAAAUGAAAAGGAGAAACUUGCGUUACAAGAAACGAAGAGAGCUCUUCAGACUGCUGGUAGAGAAGAUACAACGCUAAGCAAAUCCACACGACAUAUGGCAGCAGCAUCAGGAGCACCGAGAGAUCUACCGGAGAGAGAGACAAAAACGCAAAACAGAACAGAGAUUCACACCGAUGGCGACCAUCAGAAAACCAAAGUCGCAUCAACGAGUAAUACUGGAAAUCCGAGAGUUACAAAUGGACAAGGAUCAUCUUCAAUGAGCAAAAAGAUCAAAGAAGACAUAAAAGAUGGAAUCAGUAAGCUUACUUGGGGAAAAAGCAACGGCGAUGAGAAAUCCGUGAACGUCUAUACUCUAACUGGCGAAAACAGAGGAGCUACAAUGGGAAUAAGUUCUGAGAAAGACAAAAAAGACGGUGAGGUUCAUAUUCGCCGUGGAUACAGAAGUAACCCAGACGAGAGCCCUAACACUACAGCCACGGAACCCGAAGGAGGAAGAAACCCUAAAGACUACGACGAAGAAAAAGAAGAAGCAAGGUUCAGGGCAUACAUAAACGGCAACACUCAAGGGAUCAACAAUUCGAUUAUAGUUGAGAGUUCAGUGAGUGAGAAUGAUCCAGGAGUUCACAUGAGUUUGACAUUUGAGAAAUCUAUGAAAGAAAUUAUAAACCCCCCUGAGAAGAAUGUGACGGAGAAGAGACCAGAGACGGAAAAGGUUACGGAGAAGGUGAGGAAUGAGCCGAGAGUUAGAAGGAGAUGCUUAAGAGGGUUACUUGCGGAGUCAAGUGAGUCUGAACCGGGUAAUCCUUUGAAGUCCCGGAGACAUGGUUGCCGGUUUACCUGUAAAGACAAAGAUAUAGAGAACACUUCAAAAUAAUUAAUGUACAUGAAAUUUA